AUGAAAUAUUGCUUACUGCCGAGCAACAAAGUGAAUAUGAUCAAAUCAAUACGUCAAUUGAGGCACAACAGGGCGGAUUCUUUUUUUUUGGACGCACCCGGAGGCACUGGCAAAACAUUUAUUAUUUCACUGAUUCUUGCGCGUGUGCGGUCGCAAAAUAAUAUUGCGUUGGCAAUAGCUUCAUCAGGAAUCGCAGCGACAUUACUUGAAGGAGGACGAACUGCGCAUUCGGCAUUUAAGUUACCUUUAAAUGUUCAUGCAAACCCAGAAGCAAUGUGCAACAUAAAGAAGAAAUCAGGAAUGGCAAAAGUUUUGCGAAAAUGUAAAAUAAUCAUCUGGGAUGAAUGUACUAUGGCGCAUAAGCAUUCGCUUGAAGCUCUUGAUAGGUCGCUGAAAGAUAUCAAAAAUAAUUGUCUUUUUGGUGGCUGCUUAUUGCUACUGUCUGGCGAUUUCAGACAGACAUUGCCCAUUAUUCCACGAGCGACGCGUGCUGAUGAAAUAAAUGCCUGCUUAAAAAAGUCUUAUCUGUGGCGCCACGUAAAGAAAUUAUAUCUUAGUGUUAACAUUCGUGUUCAAUGUCUAAAUCAAGGAUGA